UUGUACCGGGGAAUACCCAGGGGAAAUAGAAGAAUGUGUCAGCAAAAAAUGGAGGAACUUUCCGCCAUUUUAAGUCAUGUCUUUGGUUCAAGUAGAGCAGGUGGAAUUUCUUGCUAAUUUUGCUUUCACUACUGCUCGAACUGUCACCAUUUUGAAUUUUCCUCCUCUACUUGAUUUUAUCUCAGAGAACACGGUAUUGUCACUAUAUUACAACUGGACCCUCAGAAAACCUAUUUAUCAUUAUUACAAGAACAGAGUGAAGGAUUGUUGUUAAGAUAAUGGAGGAAAGGCCAGGUGGUUACGAAGUAUCAAAUAUUGUUUUAUACAAUAAGGGUGGUACAAAACAAUUGAGUGAAGAUGACAUAAAAGCUCUCCAUUGUUCUGAGUGUUCAUUGCUGUUGCGAGAACCGUACCAGUUGCUAAACUGUGGUCAUCGUAUUUGUAGAUCCUGUCUGUUGGAGACUGUAUUGAAGAAGAAUAAUCCAGUUUGCCCUGAAGAUAAAGAGCCAGUAACUAAAAAUGAUGUAAGACCAGAUAAAGGUUGUGCUAAAGAAAUCAACUCAUUGACUGCUGCUUGUGGAGGAUCUGAAAAUGGCUGCACUUGGAGAGGGACUGUAGCUGAAGCAGAGAUUCAUGUUGAAAGCUGUGUCUACAUUGUAGUUCCCUGCCCACAAGGAUGUGGCCAGAGAUUGAGUAGAAAUGAAUUGAGUAACCACAUACAAAAUGAUUGCCAAAACAAGCCAGAUGCAUCACAGCUGAUAGCCACUCUGAUGCAGAAACUUAACCAGCUAGAAACUAAGUUUCAAGUCACAGUUGGAAGUCUACAAAAAGAAAUAACAAAUCUAAAGCUCCAGGUUAAAGAGGUGCCUCAAUUGAAAGCAAAGAUCAAUGAUCUCACUGAAGAGCUUACAAAAUUUAAUAAAGUAACACAAGAAAGCUUGAUAGCUGCUGAUUCUGGUCGUAGGUUCACUGGAUUAGAUGAUGAUGGUAGAGGAGGUGACCCUGGGUAUGGUAGUGGUAAUUUUGUAAGGGGCCAAAUGCCUAGCAUGGCCUCCAGUAGUAGUUCAGGAGGUUUUAGUAGUGCAUAUACCGGUAGUUCAAGUAUGCCUUCUAGUUACUCUAGUGGAGAUGAGGAGCUUCGUGCUACAGUGCAUAAGCUCCAGAAAGAUGUGGAUCUAAUAAAACCUGUUCUUCAAGAUUAUCAAAGCCAGAUAGCAGGUUAUCUAGAGGUAGUCCAGACAGUUCAAGAAAGUGUUACACGUCAUGCGGUGCUAAUGGAAGAGGUAAAGCUUAGACAAGAUAUUCUUGAUGUCAAAACCACUAAUGGUGUCUUUAUAUGGAAAAUACCAGAGAUAGCACGAAGGUACGCUGAUGCCCAGCAGCGACGCACUCUCUCGCUCUAUUCUCCUCCUUUCCAUACCUCACCCCAUGGGUACAGGAUGUGUAUCAGGGCCUACCUUAAUGGCGAUGGCUCUGGCAAAGGCACACACAUAAGUGUGUUCUUUGUUUUAAUGAAAAGUGAGCAUGAUAAUCUCCUCAGCUGGCCAUUUAAGAGUCCUGUAACCUUCCAGCUACUCAAUUUGAGCAAUUCUGGUAAUAAUGUCACUGAAACCUUUAUGCCUGACCUCCAGUCACCAAGUUUCCAGCAGCCAAAGUCAGAGAUGAAUAUAGCUUCAGGUUUUCCUCGCUUUGCAAAACAGAGCUACCUUAAAGAUCCCAAUUUCACAAAAGGGGAUGCAAUAUUCAUUCGUUGCAAGAUUGAUCUAUCAAGUAUUGAUAGCAAAUUAGAAUGAAUGAAAUAAUAACAAACUUUUAAAUGAUUAAGGCAAUUUUUUAUGCACUAUUAUAUGGGCCAUGCAUGAAUAGCAAUGGUGCAGUGCUUCUAUAUUAACCAUUAACAGUAAUUUACUAGGGACAGCUAAUAAUUAAUGAUGAAUGCUAUCUACAAACAUGUAUAAUUAUGUAUUGUUUUUUGACAUUUUAUGUUAGUUUAAAUUUGUCUUUUGCCAUUAAAGUACAAGUACAAGUAGUUUAAACUCUCAUGCACCAUAGACAACUGUAUUGAUCUUUAUAGUAUUGUGUUGUUUUUCUUUAAUAAUAAAAAAUUUAGUUAUGAAAAGAAAAAA